GCUCGUGUGUAUACAUACAUAAAAAAAUCAGAUUCUUUGCUGUCGGAAUCUGAUCUAAGUGGAGCAAUGGACAAGGUGAUGAGAAUGGCGUCGGAGAAAGGCGUGGUGAUAUUCAGCAAGAGCUCGUGUUGCCUGUGCUAUGCUGUCCAGAUCCUGUUCCGAGAUCUGAGGGUUCAGCCGACCAUCCACGAUAUCGACAAUGACCCCGACUUCCGCGAGAUUGAGAAGGCCCUCGUCCGCCUCGGCUGCUCCACCGCCGUCCCCGCCGUCUUCGUCAGUGGCAAGCUCGUUGGCUCCACCAACGAAGUCAUGUCCCUCCACCUCAGUGGCUCCCUCCUCCCCUUGAUCAAACCCUAUCAGUCUGUCCACAACUAAGCCCUUGUUUACGUAGCGAGCUAGCGAGAGCGAUGAUUAAUAACAAAACAUUUGGAACACGUGCCUCGUAAAUUACGUAUCAGAAACCCUAGCCCGCCCACGAGCUCUUGUCUGAAAUGUGUAUUUCUUGUUAUAGCUAUGCUUAUCUCAGCCGUCUAGUAUUUAGCUUGCUUGGUUGUGUCUAAUUAAUUAGGGCGUGUCUAAUUAGCCAGAUUCUGUGCCUGAUCUUAACCAGUACGUACUUGUACUGGUGAUGUGUGUUAAUCUACCAUCUUAACGAAAGAAAUGUUUAACGGAUC